AUGGAAGGAGGAGGAGAGCAACCUUGUCAAGCUGAAGACUUGAAUACGUCGUUCCCAAAUAAGACGCUUAUGGUUGAGGACAUCAAUCGUGUUGACUUGGGUAACAAUGAACCCACUGGAUCAAAAGAAAGAACCAUUAUGAAAAUGGUUUGCGGGUCAUUUUAUUUGUCGAAAGAACAAAGAGACCAUCCGAUUGAGGGCGACGAUGCUCACUUCAUAUGUGCAGAAAAGAACAUCAUUGGUGUGGCUGAUGGCUUGGGUGGUACUCGAAAGUAUGGCAUUGAUUCCGGAGUUUUCGCAAGGAAGCUCAUGAAUAAUGCAGCCAAGGCCGUACAUGAUCAACAUAGAAUAAUAUCCCCAGAUAGUAAUGGUGUUGAUCUGAGAAAGGCCUUGGAUGAGGCUUAUGCAAACACCAAGGAUGUUGAUGGGUCAUCAACAGCUUGUAUUGUUGCGCUUAAUAACAAAGAUGGAAAACUGCAUGCUUUGAACGUUGGGGAUAGCGGUUUCAUGUUGUUUAGAAACAAGAAGUGCAUCUUUAAGUCUGAAAUACAGGUGCAUCGUUUUAACUGUCCUGUUAAGUUGGGAAGAAAUCAAGCAAAGCAUGGUCCCCAAUUUGCUGUGGAGAUAGAACCGAUUGAUGUCAUUCCGGGAGAUGUUAUAGUUCUUGGGACAGAUGGGUUGCUUGACAAUGUGUGGCCGGAAGAAAUAGAGCAAGUUUUGGAGGUGAAUAUUAUAGAAGGUUUUGUAGAACCGGAGCAGUUGGCUUGGACUAUAGCUGAGCAGCUGGCUUUGCGGAACUCCGAGGAUGUAAAUAGGUUUAGUCCUUAUUCCUUUGAAUCUUGCAAGGUUGGGAAGGAGAGCAUAGGAGGCAAGGUCGAUGAUAUUACGGUCAUAAUAGGUCAUAUUAUCGCAACGUAG